AUGGAUCGUACUUGGAUGUACGAUAGAGUAUAUUCCAAUAGACACGGAUUGAAAGAAGAGUAUGUUCGCGGGGUUAAAGACUUCGUAAAGAGGGCUUUGAAACAACCUAUUUGUAAAUCUGAGGGAGGGAUAAGGUGUCCGUGUAUAAAUUGCAAGUGUCUCAAGAUAAGAACACCAACUAAUGUUAGACUUCACUUGUAUCGAGAUGGAUUUCAACCAGACUAUUGGAUUUGGACUCAACAUGGAGAAGUAGAGCUCAAUGUUAAUACAAGGAAUGAUUCAAAUAGUAGUGAGCAUGUGCAUCAUGAUGACCAAAUUGAGGCAAUGAAUCAGAUGGUGUAUGAUGCUUUUAGGCCUUAUGGAGUAUUCUCUCACGUGAAUGAUAACAUAGAAGUUGAGGAAUAUACGGAGGAUGAGUUUCCCAACGAAGAUGCCAAACGAUUUUAUGACAAGUUGAUAUCUUUCAACAAGCCCAUUUAUGAGGGAGCUACCCAAUCAAUAUUAUCAAUAUCUACUCAACUUCUUGAAAUUAGGUCUAAUUGGCAUGUACCACAAAAAGGUUUAGAUUUUGUUGCACAAAUGCUUAAAAGUGUAUGUCCAGUUCAAAAAUGCUUGCCCGAGAACUAUUACCAAGCAACACAGUUGGUAUCUAAGUUAGGGCUAAAGGUUGAGAAGAUUGAUUGUUGUAAGAAUGGUUGUAUGUUAUAUUACAAGGAUGAUAGCAAUCUAUCAGAGUGCAAAUUUUGUAAUGCUCCUAGGUUCAUUCCUCGCAAGACUGGCAUGGGAAAGUACAAAGAUAUCCCAGUGAAGAGAAUGCUCUACUUCCCAAUCAUUCCCAGAUUACAAAGAUUGUAUGCAUCAACUGAGUCGGCAAGUGAAAUGAGAUGGCAUCACAUGAACAAAAAUAGUUCCAACAUCCUUCGCCACCCGUCAGAUGGAAAAUCAUGGAAACAUUUUGAUAGUGUAUAUCCCGACUUUUCUAGGGAACCCAGAAAUGUAAGGUUGGGUCUGUGUUCAGAUGGUUUUACUCCUUACAUUCAAGCGUCUGCUUCUCCAUACUCAUGUUGGCCAAUAAUAGUUACUCCGUAUAAUCUCCCCCCUGAAAUGUGCAUGACCAAACCAUACUUGUUUUUGGCAUGCCUCAUACCCGGACCUAAAAACCCUAAAUUAAAGAUAGAUGUCUACUUGCAACCAUUGAUUGAUGAUCUACAUCGAUUGUGGUCCAAUGGAAUAUUGACCUAUGAUAUAUCUACAAAACAAAACUUCAUCAUGAAAGCCUGCUUGAUGUGGACAAUUAAUGAUUUUCCAGCCUAUGGUAUGUUAUCUGGAUGGGAAACACAAGGUAAAUUGGCAUGCCCUCAUUGUAUGGAACACACUGAUGCUUUCACCUUGAAAAGUGGCCAUAAGAAUUCCUGGUUUGACUGUCAUCGUCGUUUCUUGCCAUCUAAUCACUCCUUCAAAAGGAGUAAAAGAAGUUUCCUAAAAAAUAGGGUUGUGACCAAUGAGCCACCUCCCAUUUCCACAGGGAAAGAUAUAUGGGCGGUAAUAAGUAAUUUUCCAAAAGUUACUGAAAUUGGAUGGGAGGCGAAAUGGAAAGAAUUCGAAGGGUAUGGAGUGGAUCACAAUUGGAAAAAGCGAAGUAUUUUUGGGAUCUCCCAUAUUGGAAGGAUAACUUGUUAA